AUGACUAAAAUGGAUCAUUGUUAUACACCAUGUAAUGGUAAUAACGUAGGUUCUUCUGUUAAAUGCACAUAUUCCAAGAAAGUACAAGGGAUUAAGAAACAGAAGUUAGCCCCUAAAAAGUCGAUAAAUAAAUCAGAGACUUCACAAAAUGGAAAAACUAAUGAUAAGAAAAAAGGCGGAAAUAUUAUUGAGCGUGACUCUUCCAUUGUUUAUGAUUCAGCGAAAUUUAUCGAAUACAUUAAAUCUUCAUACAAACGGCCUCAGCUUCCCACAAAUCCCUCAUUGUAUAAUACAUGUCCUUUAAAUGGGUUGAAAUAUCGCAAUACUUCCAAUCCUAGUAAUUUUGGAAGUUCUUCGCUAGUAUUUGGACGAGCACACUUCAAACCCCCGGAAACUUCGACUCAUUCAUCAGGCAAUUGGAAAAAAACGGAAAACAUCGAACCUUGUUUUAAGUUACCAUCUAACAAUGAAAUCGCAAGGUCAUAUUUGCUCAGUAGCGGCACUGUAACUAUCGAUGGUGAUGAUAAUGACCAGAGCUAUAGUUACAUAUUUAACGAUUUUUAUUUUCCAAAUACGGAAAACGAAUAUAAAAUAAAUUUUACAUGUGCAAAUAAAAGAUUUGACACUGUAUUAUCGGAUAUAGAUAAAGUGUCUAGCCGUACUCGUUCGACUUUGUUCGAAAAUAGCAAAGCGAAUAACUCAACUCCUAGGAAGACAUCAUGGGAUCCAAAAGAUAUCAAAAUGUGCAGCCCUUUUUGUUCUGUAAAGACGGAAAGUACACAAACAUCAAAUAAAUCAAGUGAUGGUUCUAAUCACUCAAGGUCAUCACAAGCAGAUGAUAAUCCAUUGAGAGGAAUAUUUGUAGUAUCAUCUAACGACAAUUUAGAAUUAAACGUAGAAUCAUAUGAACGUCUUUACAAAUCCGAAUUGGAUCUACUAUUGGAACGUGGUGAAAUCGUUGACCAGAGUGAAAUAGACGAGUGGCAUCGACAAGCUGCUCUAACUGAGGACCAUCUUAGAUUGCAUUCAGUUGUUUGUGAUAGACUCUCUAGAGUGCAGGUUAGUUGGUUUGGAAAGCGUUUGUUUCCUGUCAACAAGUUAGUGGGCAAUAAAGAAAAUAUUACUCAUAAAUCAUUAAGUAUAUUAGUUGGAAGCAAUGAUAUUACGGUGUAUAAUAUAAAAGAGUUUUUACCAGAUUAUAAUUCUCUUGACAAGGAACACAUUGAUGACAUUUUCAGCAUCUUGCCAAAUUAUAUUACUAGGAUUUUUAAAUCCAAGGGGCACUUCGAUAUAACUUCAAAUACAGAUUCCAACGAAAUAGUAGAAAAUUUUAAAAUAACAUCCAGAGGAAGCACUAAAUUGUUGCUCAGAGAUCACAGGACUAUUGGUAUGAAUGAAAUUAUAUUGCAGAAUUCGAAACUAGUUGACAAGAGGAAGAAAGGAUUGAAAAACACGAAAUUUACAACUCUUAAAACAUCGGAUAUGAUUUCCAAAAACCCGUCGCAAGAUGUCAUUUUAUCGCUCAACAGAUCGUUCGCCAUCAAGGUUCUUAUGAGAUUCCCAUAUUUGGAUCUACAUUCACUUCCCCUAGGUUGA